CAAAACACAAGAAUUUUCCAGACUUCGAAAGUGUUUUCUUUCCCCUCGAUUUCGCAGAAAAUUAAUGGAGAUGAGGUCGGUGUUGUGGAUGGCAGUGAUGCUGGUAUUGUCAUCUUCCGCAGCCGUCAGGGCAAAUUCAAUUGCUAAAGAAAACUGCCAAGAAACAUGUGGAAACGUUAGCGUUCCUUACCCUUUUGGAAUUGGCAAAGAUGAAUGCGCCAAGAAUCAUUCCUUCCUGCUUAAUUGCACGGACGACGGCCUCUUCUUUUCCAACAUCCAAAUUUACAACAUAUCAUUGGAGGACGGUACCUUAACCGUAGGCAUUUUCUCAGCCUACGACUGCUACGACCGGAGUGGUUUACGUGACAAAUUCAAUCAGAGGCUCAACCUCAGGCGAUGGCCUUUCACCAUCUCCCCCAUCCACAACAAGUUGACUGCUUUAGGCUGUGAUACCUGGGUCCUGAUGAGUGACCGCGAAGGGAAUUUCGGAACUGGGUGCAUGGCUAUCUGCUCUGACCCUAAAGACAUCGAACAUGAUGGUUCUUGCUCCGGUUACGGUCACGGAUGCUGCAAUUCCUCCAUCCCCAACAACGUCAAGACCUUAGACAUUAGAGUUGGCAGCUUUUUUAAUCACAGUUAUAUUUUGGAUUUCAACCCCUGGAGCUGCGGUUAUGCUUUUGUGGUUGCAAAUUCCUACAAGUUCUCGGAAAUAAACUUAGGACGUUAUCCUGAUAAAGUCCCCAGACCGCAUGCGGUGCUUGAAUGGGUGGUCGGAGAGCAAGAGUACUGCCAAGAAGCUGAAGCUUGUGGCCCUAAUGCUAAUUGCACUUACUCUGACACCGGUGGCGGAUCUCGUUGCAAUUGCCUGCCAGGGUUCACCGGAAAUCCAUAUCUCAAAGAAGGAUGCCAAGAUAUUGAUGAGUGCAAAGACCCGAACGAGUAUCCAUGCCAUGGCAUUUGUCGGAAUACCAUCGGGAAUUACACAUGCCAGUGCCCGCCUGGGAUGCGUGGUGACGGUAAAGUUGGCUGCCAGCGAUUCCGGCUGACCACCAUUCCAAUAGUGAUUGUAGGCGUCAUUCUUGUUACAAUUAUCACCAUCUUGGUUUUCAUUGUCUGUCAAAGGAGGAAGAAGGAGAAAUAUUUUAGAGAUAAUGGAGGUAUGAUAUUGAAGCACCAAAGAAUCAGGAUUUUUAGCGAGGCAGAAUUAGUAAAGGCAACCAACAACUACAACAGGAGCCUAUUCCUCGGAGAAGGCGGCUUUGGUUCAGUCUACAAGGGAGUUUUAGCAGACACCAUCCUAGUUGCUGUGAAGAAGGCCAAAGAUGUGGAUAAGGCAAGAAUGAAUCAGGAAUUUCAGCAUGAAAUCGGCGUUGUUUCUCAGGUUAACCAUAGGAAUGUUGUGAAACUCUUAGGUCUGUGUUUGGAGACUAAAGUCCCGUUGCUGGUAUAUGAAUUCAUUUCAAAUGGAACCCUCCACCAUCAUAUUCAUGACAGGAGAUCACAAAUUUUAGGGUCAUGGAAGAAUCGUCUGAGGAUUGCUACCGAGACUGCACUUGCACUUGACUAUUUGCAUUCUUUAGCAGACCCACCAAUCAUUCAUGGUGAUGUGAAGUCGAUGAACAUACUGUUGGACGAUCAUUACACAGCCAAAGUAUCUGAUUUUGGGGCUUCAGUACUCAUCUCACCAAACCAAACUGGAAUAGGCUCCAAAAUACAAGGGACAUUUGGGUACUUGGAUCCAGAGUACCUAAUGACUGGGAAUUUAACAACAAAGAGCGACGUUUACAGCUUUGGGGUGGUCUUGGUGGAGCUGUUGACAGGGGAGAAGCCUACUUCACGUUGUAGGGAUGGGGAGAAGAGAAACAUAAUUCAGUAUUUCAUUUCAUCUGUGGAAGAUAGUCGGGUUGUCCAAGUUCUUAAUUUUGAGCCAGCAGAUGAUGGUGAAAUGGAGGAAGUAGAAUCAGUUGCUGAGCUUGUUAAGAGAUGCCUAAAUGGUAGCGGCCUAAAAAGGCCAACCAUGAAGGUAGUCGCCGAGGAGCUUACAAGACUGAAAAAGCUCCGUGACAACUUUUGGGCUCAUCAGGGCAGUGAAGAAACUGAGUGCUUGCUAGGAGAAUCCUCAUCACUUACUAGUUAUGAGGUUUCAAAUAUCAAUAUGGACCAAAUGGAUACAUAUACCGUGCACACAACAUUUGACAUUGAAAAAGGAUCAACUGUGGCAUCUAAUACUUCCUCCUGCUAGUCUUUCUUAUUUAUUAAAUUUAAUUAGUUACAUCAAUUGCAUCAAACAUUCUGCGCAUAUGUGAAGUCUUUCCUUUUCACUUAGUUCUUGCUUCUUGGUUUUCUAUGUAUUCAUAUUCGUAGGAUAAAUCAAGUGGAAGCGUUCUAUUAGCAAGAUAUCUUGCAUAGCAUUUGGGAAAAAAGAAGCAGUUGACCAUGGAAUCGGAUAGAGAGGCAUGUAUUUAACAGUUCAUAUGAUUUGCUGGGUCAUUCUCGUACCUUUCUUGUUUCUUCCAUUUUUACUUGAUGUUGAUUUUAUGUUGUAUUAUUGGUUAUGUGCAUCAUAUUUCUACUUAAAGAUGUAUGUUGUUUGAAAGAACUAAAGGAUUUUCUCAGACCAUGGUAGCCCUGAAUGCAGCUUGCCUUCAGUUAUGUUUGUGGAGUUGUGUUAAUAGUUCCGCUUGAGUUAAUUAAGCUUGGAUUUUAAGAUGCUUAUUCUCCUGUAAAGGUCGGAAAGAGCACAAUACCCUUUCCUCCUUUAACUUAUAUCUGGCCUUUGGGUUAUCUUUAGUGGUCGUGGUUAAUUGAACUUGUCCAAGUGGGUCUUGAAUUUCAUGGGCAUGGCCAAUCUAGUGUGCUCAGAUGGAAGAAUUUUCUUUUCUGCAAGAAUCUGAUGCCAUUCAUUUUCAGACCUUGUUGCCCUGCCUCUAAUUUGAU